UGGAGUUCGCGAAAAAAUAACAAUGAAUUUUCUCGAAAUUAUUUUCCGUUUCGUCAAUUAAAUAAACAUGUUUUGUACUGAUAUCGUUGCUUAUGCUAGUACGUUAUCCCUAAUUGCACCAAGCCAUUAAUUAAACGCGCUAGUUAAAAUAUUUAAUUACGCAAUUUCAUUUGUAUUAAUUACCAACAAGCUAGCGGCGAGAAAUUUAUCCUCGACGAUUACUGCAUUGCUGUAAUUACGUUACAUAUUGGAUUGGUGGUUGCAAAAAGAAUUACACGUUCGGCCUUUUUUUAAUUAUUUCGCUUAUUCAUCUGGGAAUAAUCGCAGCCUCUGAUUACAAAGCUUAAUUUGCAACGAAAAAUCCAGGGAAAAGCACAAUAAUCCGCAGGAUUUAUUAGCAUUUUAGAUACUUCAAAUUUUCAUGCGAAUUAAAUCUUCAAGUGUUUGUGGACUCAUGCGUCCUUCCCAAUCGAAACGAUGCUUUAUUUGUGGUCGUUCAGCGCUUUGUCAGGCUCGAACAUAUUAUCAUUCUAUCGUUUCGUGAAGCAUUCCUAUAAAGUAAAUAGGAAAACGUGGACUAAUAUAGUGCGAUCGACGUGAAAUUUACGGGAGACACUGUUACAGAAAUUAUUACGAAAUACACAAAUGCGUUUAAUGAAAAUUUGACGGUCGGAGACGCGUAGGAACGUAUGUAUAAGUCUAUACAAAGUGAUGUAUUCUGUAUAUGCAGUGAUGUAUAUGUAUAUAUGAUGUCAACGCACGCGUUUAGCAUUAGCGAUUUACAUAUGUGAAAAUUGUACAAGUCGCGUUUGAAUUAUUGCUAAUAACGAAGCUAAUAAACAGUCUCCCGUCUGCUGCGUAUUGUGUUCGUUUCGCGCAUUCUACUUUCCAGGAACGACGGUCGUGAAAAUUUGCGUUACUCACAUUGCGCAGUGCGGAUAAAAAUUUCUGUGUUAAUCCAAUCGGAACUCAAUCUGUGUCGACUUUGAGCCAGUUUGAUUUAUGGCUGAUUGAACGUAUUUAAUGAGACACUUUUGGUUGGAUUUGUUUGAAGUCAUUGACAGUUUCGCUAAAUAACGUGAGAAAAUCUAAAGCCCGAACUUGUUAUAUAUAGGAAGACUUUUUUGUUGUUCAGUCGAUCGUUUUUAAAUGAUACACAAUGACUGACAAAGCAUCUACGACGUUUGAGAUGCCUUAUCUACAGGCGAUUCAAAGUGUACCGGGUGACACCGCCAGCGAAAAAUUAAGCUGGCUCGGGAAAUUGGGCCGGUGCAAGGAUGAGGUCAUUAGAGAACUCCACAAGCUGCCGCCAAAAUUGCAGCCUUUAUUGGAAGUGGAAACCGCAAUCAGAUAUCAGCGAUACGAAAAUAUAGCAUCGGCUCUGAAGUCCGACGACUGGACGAUGGUGAAUCGAGCUCUUAAAGCCAAUUGGUUUUUCGACGGUAAUCACAUGAUGGUGGACGUCGAGUACUUCAGUACAUACAUCUUCCCAAACAUAACUCUUCGUACGAGGAUACGUCUCGUAAAGACAUUCGUGCAUCGAAUAAAAAGUUCGGCGUUCGCGCAGCAAAUAUUCGUGGCACUGCAAUACGCUUACAAUUACCAAACUGCUUCACCAUUGCUCGCGUGUUGCGACGACGAUUUUGCUUAUGACACAGUUUUAAAGAGCAGACUCAUGCUGCCCGUCGGAAUCUUCAAAAAGAUUUUUCGCAGGAACCUGAACCUCGCAGUGCGUUUUCUCAAAUCAUUUAUUCUCAACUGCCAUGAAUACGCGCCUAUUGAUAAAGAGAUUGUUGUAAACGAUCCAUGCGACGUCAUUAAAAAAUACAAACCUUUUUUGUCUCUAUUACCGAAGAAUCGACCGAUGGAUUUCGUAGACAUCGCCGAAACGAUCGCAGAUUGUCCAGAUAUUAAAAUCAUGAGUAAUAAGUGCGCUAAAAAAUUCUUGCGCAAAGCAAAAGUGCAAGUGGCUAAGUAUCCACAUUUAUACAUGCCAAUUUUACCGUCUAAAGCAAUCAAUUUGAGACAAAUGGAGAUGAUGUUUCCAGCAUUAAUGAAAUAUUACUGCCGCGAUUCCUUCAACACGGACUUGAUGCUCAAUUAUUUAAAAGAUUAUCCGAAAGACAGAAAAUUCGCGUUGCUUUGUAAAACAUUCAAAGACGUUUAUGAUGAUGAAUUUCUCAAUGAUACCGAAAGAGUGACGCCUGAAUUGUUGAAAAUAUUACCCUUCUGUGACAGGAUUAAGCAGGCUAAAAUAAAGAUGAGAAAUUUUAGUUCCUUGACUGACACCAGAUCAUGUAAUUUCAAUCAGUUCCUUCAAAACCAGAUCGUUUGUUCUCAUAACAUAUUGAUGUAUCAAAUGAAUUGGAUUUGUUAUUUCUCUAUCGAAGUAGCAGUGCCGGUUCUCAAGUGUAAAUUAAAUACUACUAUAUGCGAAGAAGAAAAAGUUAGUUAUUUUAUACAAUUAAUAUACACUUGCUUAAUUAACGAGAACGACAAUGAAUUAUGCAAGACUUUGACAGACAUCACGAAUAGCUGUGUAAUCGACAACCUUGCAUUAUCCAAAGUAAUAAUAGAUCAUUUUUUGCUCAUUUUCAAUAUGCGUUCCAUUUCUUUAAGCGAAAAAAAUGUCACCCAUAUGUUGAAUAUUAUACAAUAUGUUUACACAAAGCACAAUUAUAUUAAUCAAUUGGUGUUGGAGAAGAUGCUGAUUUUAAGCAUUGUUAAGAAGAUGUCAAUCAAGAUUCUGAUCUAUAUGUUAAUCUCACAGCGUCAAGAGUUGAAUAUACAAUUCAACAUACUUAAAGAUGAUCCAUUUUAUGAGAGGCUAUGUCUCGUAACUUUUAUAGAUACUUUUGAGGUUAUGUAUUCUGUGGAUACUAAAGUGGACACUUUUAUAGAUAGUAAAGAAGAGAACAAAGACAAAAAAUAUAGGAACACCAGAAGAAAGAAAAAAUCAAAACAGGAACAAGAGGCGAAAAAUACUACUGUGUGUCAAUUGAUUGUGGCAAUGUAUGAUUUUAAUUAUAGAUGCAAAAAAUCGAAUGUCCAAAUGAAGCUAACAAUUAAAAAUUAUCCUUGGCUAAUGAAUGCUAUUCACGUAAUAAUGCGCUCCAAGCAAGUUUGUUUGUUUUGGAAAGAAGCGCAAGACGCAUUGCGUAAACAAGAACGGGAAUUGUAUUACGAUAGCAUUUUUCCAAACACAUUAACGGAAAUCGCGGACGUAAAGUCAGGUGCGGCGUUUCGUUUGUUGAAAAAAAAUGUACAGAGUAUACAAGACAAUUGGGAGGAGUAUUUCAUAUAUUGCAAGAGAAACUACAAUAAUAAACAGGUGCAAAAUUUCGUCAGAACUAUACGUUGGUACAAGGACAUACCUAUUAAAUUUGCCAAGCAAUGCGUAGAUCAUUUACACAGAAACAUUACGGAUGAAAAAUCUGUCUUGAUUCUUCUCAGCAUUCUGCUGCACAGAGAUACAGUGCAAAAAUUAAUAGAUUCGUCUACAACCGCGCAAAGAAAUUCUUUGAUUUACAAUCGAUUUAUGAACCAUUUAAACAUCUGCAUGAAGUUCUUAAAUCCGCCGCUGUCUCUCAAGUUUUUCAUCAACAAUGAGACAUUAGACAAAAAUUAUCUAUCAACAACGCUGAUGAUGAUAAGGAGCGUAAGCAAGCGAUCCUCUAUGACGGAAAUACUAGAAUUCCCAUAUCGUUUUCAAAAUGUGCACGUACGAAAGCAGUGGAUCAAUCUGAUGUACUUUACAGUUCUUACGAAACAUUUUGUAAAUUUUCUUAAAAAAAUAUGGUUGAUUGAGAGGCAUGAUUCGAUACGCCAAUUUUUAUUAAAUAUGAUCCACGGCUUGUUUUGCGAGAGACCACAGGAAAAAACUUGGACUCUGUGUCACACAACUUUUUCGGGAUUGUCCGUCGAGGAUGAGCAGCUGUUUUGGAACAUGAAAUAUCGCAGGAACAUACCCGACCCGUACAACGAAGAAUACUUUGAUCUGUGGCUCGACACGAUAGACGCUCUUAGCGGAAGGGGAUUGAGUGUCGAGCGUACAAUACAACACACUGAAAGGUGUUUGAAAUAUCUUCACUUUUAUACCCUCACAUCUUUGUCCGACGAAUACGUGAGGAAUGUAUUUCAACGCUUUUUCUUUCACCCUAAUAUCGGUAUAGGCAAAGCCGUAAGAAGUUUCGCGAUAACGUACAUGUUAAAGUUGAAUAACGAUAAGCUCGCAAUAUACUCCUCGGCGAUGGUCUUAAUUUUUGUCGUCGCAAUAGGAAGUAUGUGGAACGUACCUCAUCCCGUUAACUCAUUUUUCUAUCCGAUUAGGAGCGCUGUGCAAUCAUCUUACGAACAGUUUAUCAUCGCGUACAUGAAGAAACGUAGGGAUCGGAAUUGUGAUGGGCAAAUCUUAUACACAAUGCUAUACAUUUUUUCAUCAGUCUUAACACCUAUGCAAGAUGUUCGAUCUUAUUUGCUGCUGACGUACGCGGUAAACCUGCACGCCUUCUCGUAUACAACACCAAUUUUAAAUAACAGCUUUGGGUUUCAACUCGGACAAAUCAUACCUUAUUUGAUCAGCAUAUUAUCGCAUUAUAUGAUAGAUUUCAUGGCCCUGCUCCUCGAUCACUUGCUAAAGAACAUUUAUUCGUCUAACAGGCAUCGCGACGUCAUAUCUAACGCUAUAAACGGCUUGAUAGAUGCUCAAAACACGUAUUCCAAUUUCAUGGCGAUGACGAUGUUAUCGUUACAAGAACGCUGCAGAGAAUACAACCAAAUAAUUGACAGAGCUGUAGACACUUUCUCGCACGACUCCACUUAUUCGAUCGUUUUAUAUCAUUAUCUAAACAAAGCGAAUUUCGAUGAUGUUCCUUCGGAUGACGAAUCGGAUUAUGGAUCGGAUAUAUUCGAAGAUAUUUGAUAAGUUAAUUGACAAGUGUUACACUAAAGCCGAAAGUUUUCAACAGAUACUUAUACAACAACUCUUCAAUUUUUAACAAUAAAUGCAUUAAUAAACUGUUGCUAAUUUAUUUCACAAGACAAAUGAUAUAGUGUGAUGCAUAUGUUUAGAUUAUCGUAACAAUUUCACAUGAAAAACACACUGAUACAUAUAUUAUAUAUAUAAUAUAUU